CUUGCGUGAUGGCGUCAUCACCAGGCGACACCGGUUAGCACAUUGCAGAUGGACCGCGGUUAGAUGAUCGGCGAUUGUAAACUUAUCGGUUCAUGUAAAGUGUUUAUCCGUUCAUGUAAAGAGAUAGAAAUCUUUCAUCUCCACUUCCGGAAUGAAGUGCCAUUACGAGGUGCUGGGUGUGAAAAGGGACGCAGGAGAUGAUGAGCUGAAGAAGGCCUAUCGAAAACUAGCUCUCAAAUGGCACCCAGAUAAGAACCUGGAGAACUCUGAGGAGGCGGCGGAGCAGUUCAAACUGAUCCAGGCGGCGUACGACGUUCUGAGUGACCCGCAGGAAAGAGCCUGGUACGAUAACCACCGGGAGGCUCUGUUGAAGGGCGGGGUCAGCGGAGACUACCAGGAUGAUAGCAUCGAUCUCCUGCAGUACUUCACGGUCACCUGUUACUCGGGUUACGGAGAUGAUGAGCAGGGCUUCUACACGGUGUACAGGAACCUGUUCGAGUCCAUCGCCAAGGAGGAGCUGGAGCACAGUAAAGAGGAGGAGGACGAGUGUGAGGAUCUUCCCACGUUCGGAGACUCUCAGAGUGACUACGAUACGGUGGUGCACUUGUUCUACGGCUGCUGGCAGAGUUUCUGCACACGGAAAAACUUCGCCUGGAAGGAGGAGUACGACACUCGACAGGCCUCGAACCGCUGGGAGAAGAGAGCCAUGGAGAAAGAGAACAAAAAGACGCGUGACAAGGCGAGGAAGGAACGCAGCGAGCUCGUGCGCCAGCUAGUGGCCUUCGUGCGGAAACGCGACAAACGAGUGCAGGCUCACAGGAAACUGGUGGAGGAGCAGAAUGCAGAAAAAGCCAAGAAGGUGGAGGAGCUGAGGAGGAAGCAGAAACUGGAGCAGGCUAAGCUGGCCGAGGAGUAUAAGGAGCAGAACUGGUCAGGGAUGGCUGGACUGGAGCAGGAGCUGCAGCAAAUGGAGCUUCAGUACGGACGAGAGUUCGGAGACACGGAGGAGGAGCUUGAGGAGGCGGAGACGGACGCUGUGGAUGGUUCUGAUGAGUUGGAUGACCUUUAUGAUGAUCUUUACUGUCCUGCCUGUGACAAGUCCUUCAAAACGGACAAAGCGAUGAAGAACCACGAGAAGUCCAAAAAGCACAGAGAGAUGGUGGCUCUGCUGCGGCAGCAACUUCAGGAGGAGGAAGAGGCACUUAGUCUGAACUCACCAGAGAGAAACGGGGAAGAAAACAAGGAUGAAGAAGAGGAAGAUGAAGAUGAAGAGAGGGAGGAUGCAUCCAGACAGAAGUUGUCAAAGAAACAGAAGAAGAAGAAGCGACAGCAGAAGAACAUGAACAACUUUCCAGAAGAGCCAGCAGCUGAGAGUCCAGCUCCAGACUCCACGGCUGACAUCAUCAGUCCUCCGAACCAAUCAGGAGAUAAUGAGGAUGAUGCGGUUGGAGAGGAGGAGGCUGCAGAGGAAGUGAAGAAAGACGAACCCGAACCCAUUAAAAGUUCUGGAAAGACAAAAGGUAAAAAAGCUGGAAAAGACUCCAAAAAGAACAACAAAGCCCAUGGAGGAGGAGACACCAACCAAGAGCAGAAGGAGGGGAAUCUGCGCUGUGUGGUCUGUCAUUUUGAGUUCAGCACCAGGAACAAGCUGUUUGAUCACCUGAAGGUGACGGGACAUGCCACAGCUCUGCCGCCCAACGCUUCUAUGAACACCAAGAGCAAGAAGGAGAAGAGGAAGAAUAGAUGACCUGAGCAUCAUCAUCAUCAUCAUCAUCAUCAUUAAAACUACUAUCACUAAGACUGAAGCAGCUUCACAGUAGAAAGGGAGAAUCCAUUUGUUAGUGAAUGUGUGUGUGUGUGUAUGUGUGUACAUUUGUGUGUGUGUGUGUGCGUGCUCGUGUGUGUAUGUAUGUGUGUGUGUGUGCGUGCUCGUGUGUGUAUGUAUGUGUGUACAUUUUUGUGUGUGUGUGUGUGCGCGCGUGCAUGCUCAUCCUACAAGCUGUUAUUCAGGACUUGCCUAAUUAAUGCAGAUGAUAAACACCACACAGUUAAAGUGGAGCAUGAACUUCACACAUUUGCUCUCUGUGAGAGAAAGGAGAAAUUAAAAAGGAGGGAAAAAUCAAAAGUUUUUCCUGCUGUUCAUAAAUUCAUGACUAUAAAAUGUGAUUGCGAAUGAAUCCAUUAAAGCCUGCGCUAAAAAAAGAAAGAGCGUCGCCUGGAAACGAUGACGUCGCCAUGGUAACCACGUGAAAAUCUGUUGUUUAUCCUAAAGCUCAGUGUCUAACCGGCUCUGUGUUUCAGGUCGAGACGAUGAUCUGAUUUCUCUCACGCGCAUGAAAAGUGUCCUUAGGUCAAAAAUAUCCGGACGGUUUGUUUCUUUCACUGACCACCAUCUAAAGUGUCCUAAAUAAGCAUUAGCUAAGCGGUAAUGAGCGAUAAUUAUUUAAUUGAACAGAUCUUGUGAAUCUCACGAAUUCAGAAAGAUGCUCCUUCAGUUGUUCUGAAUGCAGACGCACAGUUGGUUCUUACACUCAGUCUAAUAAAAUCUGGAGUUAUUUACUGAAA